AUGGAGACGACGACCGAUGGCUAUAAGACAUCGACAGAAGCGUCAAAAAGUUCGAGUGAAGAUUCAAGUGUUAUAUCGACUCAAACCGAUGUCUCGCAAACCACUACAGAAGCACCAAAAGAUUUGACACAAACACAAACCACUGGUUUUAGUCAAACUACAAAAUUACACGAAUCUUUCACUGAAAGCGUGACGACAGGCAGACCUGAAUCGACUGAUUUGCCACAAACUACCGUUUCUUCGGCUGAAAUCACUGAUAAAACAACAGUUAUUUCUGGCGUUGAAACGAAAGAUUCAUCAAUGAGUCCAACGAUUGCAGACAUUUCAACGGAAACAACGAGUAAAGAGUCGGUCACUAUUGGAUCCACAGAAACCUCGCCGACAACUCAUAAAUUAGAAGAUAUGACACAAACUUCAAUAUCUCCUAAAGAGCCGAGUAUUGAAACAACAACAGAGUUAUUGACAACACUUAGUAAAGAAUCAGUUUCUAUGGGAUCAACAGAGAGUCCAACAGAAAGUUCGCCAGAAGUUAUCACUGAAUUAUCAAAGGGUUCGACUGAAGACAUAAUGACGAGUCAAUUCCCACAAACGACUACUUCUGUCCCGAGAGAUGAGACAACUAUUGUAUCUGAAAUUGAAACUAAAGGACUGCCAAUGAGUUCAACUACUGGUGACAUAUUGUCGACUUUGGACGGAAUGACAACAACUGAUAGUUCGAGAACUUCUCCAACAGUAACACCAAAAUCUAUUGAAUCAACAGAUAAGACAACCACUUUUGCCGAGACUGAAGAACCAUUGACCGCACCUUACUACGGAAUCCAUGAACCAAACGGCGAGUCCACGAGAAUCAAUUUGAUUACAUUCAUUCCGAAAGAUAUCUCAAAAACAAGUCAACCAAUCGAUGACAAAACAACAACACAAUCGUCUAUAACUAGUACUACGGAAUCCAUGAACCAAACGGCGAGUCCACGAGAAUCAAUAGGUGUCACUAAUAAAAGCACUCAAUCAACAACUGCUUCCACCACUCCUUCAUACCCAUCCGAACUCGACGAAGGAGCCUGUGUAUACGACAACAAGAUAUACCAAUCGGCAGAACAGAUCCCACGACCACAUCCCUGUGACUUCUGUUUCUGCUUCCGGGGAGAUAUCAUAUGCCUUCAACAGACGUGUCCGCCACCGAUCGCCCGCUGCUAUGAGACACAAAUUGAAGGAUUCUGUUGUCCUCGUUAUGAAUGCCCCGUUCAGUCAACUACUAUGAAUGUGACGGUCACUACACCGACAACUGUGCCCACACAACACGUCGAGCGUAAAGGUUGUCAAAUAAGCGGAGUAUUCUAUGAGGUGGGAGAAGUGGUUCGGGCGGCGAGCGGGCCGUGUCUUGAAUGCAAGUGCGAUCACAGCGGAGUCAUGCAAUGCAACCCUAAGGUA